AUGGCAAAUACGAAAAAUUUACCAUUGGGUAUUAAAUUAUUGAAAAUAAUGACGAGAAAAUGUCAGUGGAAUUUAAGGAGUAAAUAUGUCUGGCACAGAGGUUUAGUUUUAUUUUUAACAUACAUAACAUAUAUGAGUUAUCAUUUUACAAGGAAACCAAUUAGUGUAGUGAAAAAUGUUUUACAUCCUAAUUGUUCUAGUAGUAGUCAUGUUUUAGAAGAUAAUUUAAUUUUUGAUAAUAGUAAUUGUAGUGGUUGGGCACCUUUCGAUGGUAAAGAUGCUGGCAAGCUUUUCGGAGCUUUAGAUUCUGCUUUUUUAUUCGCAUAUGCUUUUACAAUGUUUGCAAGCGGGAUUGUUGCUGAAAGAGUGAAUCUCAGAUAUUUCCUAUCGAUUGGAAUGUUGUUUUCAGCAUUGUUCUGUUAUUUAUUCGGUUUAGCUAAAACGUUAAAUAUUCAUUCGAUGGCUUAUUUUGUUUGUGUUCAAAUAUUAAUGGGAAUAUUUCAGACGACAGGAUGGCCGGCUGUCGUUACAAUUUUAGGUCACUGGUUCGGAAAAGGAAACAGAGGUCUCAUAUUUGGAAUUUGGAAUUCUCACACAUCCAUAGGGAACAUUGUGGGUACAUUAAUAGCUGGAUAUUAUGUUGAAAAAAAUUGGGGAUACAGUUUUAUGGUUCCUGGGGUUUUAAUGGCCGUUUUCGGCGUUAUCGUUUUCCUUUUUUUAAUUGCUCAUCCGGAAAAUAUAGGAUUUUCACAACCGGAAACUAUGAAUAGAGCAGGCAUCAAUGUCAGUAAUUACAUGUCAGUUCCACAGAAAGAAGAUUCAACAUCAUCAUCGACAUCGAGCGAUUACGAAGAUGAUGGACAAGCUACAAGAAUCUUAUCGUCCGUUUCGAUUCCAUAUAAUAGAAGACAAGCCAUAGGAUUUUUGGAUGCUUUAAAAAUUCCGGGCGUUGUCGAAUAUUCGAUGUCUCUUUUCUUUUCAAAACUCGUCUCGUAUACAUUUUUAUAUUGGUUGCCUUAUUACAUAAGUUCUUCGACUAAUUUCGGUCCGAGUUUGAGUGCCGAAUUGUCAACACUGUUCGAUGUCGGAGGAAUCGUAGGAGCGAUCGCUGCCGGAGUCGUCACGGAUGCGACAAACAUGUCGGCGACGGUUUGCGUGACAAUGUUAACAUUGGCCGUGCCUUUACUUUUCAUUUACGAAUUAUACGGUAGCAUGGGAAAAAUGAUAAACAUAAUACUGUUGGUCUUGUCGGGAGCUUUCGUUAACGGUCCCUACGCUCUCAUAACGACAGCAGUUUCGGCAGAUUUGGGAACUCACGAAAGUCUGCAGGGAAGUUCGAAAGCUUUGGCGACGGUCACCGCGAUCAUUGACGGAACCGGAUCCAUAGGUGCUGCCGUGGGUCCACUUUUUGCCGGUUUGUUGUCUCCCACGGGAUGGGAUAGAGUUUUUUAUUUUUUAAUGGCGUCUCUGGUUGCAGCUCUCGCUCUCCUAAUAAGACCCAUGGCAAAAGAAAUCAAAUUGAGAACUCUCAGGCACAGGUCCAGAGUCACGUCGUGA